UUUUACAGUUAUCUGGGAAACAUAUACAGCAAGUGGAUGAUCUAUAAAAAAAUAAAUGAAAAUGAAAUGGUUUGUAUUUAUUCUUGCAUUACUGAACUGUGCUGCCACUGUGAUUCAAGCCUGUGGAUUCCCUCCAACUUUGGAGAAUGGUUUCAUUAAUGAAGGUCAGAAACAUGAGAAAAACAAGUACUCAGAUGGAGAUGAGGUAACCUACGCUUGUCAUAGUGGAUAUAUUUCAGGAAAACGUAUCAAAAGCACGUGCAGAGAUGGCAAAUGGGACAAUCUUCGAGGAAUAUGUAGAAAAAAGCCGUGUGGUAGUCCUGGUGACACACCAAAUGGAAAUUUCCAUCUGGAGGGGGAGGACUUUGUGUAUACAGCCAAAGUUAUAUACACUUGCAAUGAAGGAUACCAGAUGUCAAGUCAAAUGAAUUACAGAAUUUGUCUUGCAGAUGGAUGGAGUAAUGAUAUUCCUCACUGUGAAGUAUUGACUUGUAUACCAGAGAAAACAGACAACAAUAUAGAAAUCAUCAGCGGAAUGUUUCAGACAGGGGAACCAAUUCCUUAUGCAAAUGCACUGCGCUUUCAGUGCAACUCUGAGCAUCUCGUACUUAGAGGUGAAGAGGAAAUAUAUUGUACAGCAAAUGGCACAUGGAGCCAACCAUUUCCUAAAUGUGAAGAAAUAACAUGUAUACCUCCAAAUAUCACACAUGGCUCAGUCCACCGACAAUCCAAGAAGUCAAUUUAUGAAAAUAACGACGUGAUUACAUUUGACUGUGAUCACAAAUAUAGGCCUGCAGAAAGAUCACGCUCAACUUGCACCAAAAGGGGUUGGAGUCCAGAGCCAAGAUGUGAAGAAAUUACAUGUGGAAUAAGUUAUAUACUAAAUGGAGAGGUCAAUACUCCCAAAAUCAAACAUCUAAUUUAUGAAGAAACAACCUUAUCUUGUAAUGAGGGAUAUGAAACUGUAAAUAAGAAAGUCAGUGAAAAAGUGACAUGUACUGAAACAGGAGAAUGGUCGAUUCCUCUUCUCUGCAAAGAAAUAACAUGCGUAAAACCCAGUAACAUACCACAUGGAAGGAUCUAUUCUUACAAACGCGAAUACAAAAUUAAUGAAGUAGAAACCUUACAUUGCAGUAACGGAUAUGAAACUGCAAAUAAGAAAGUCAGUGAAAAAGUGACAUGCACUGAAACAGGACAGUGGUCGAUUCCUCUUCUCUGCAAAGAAAUAACAUGCGUAAAACCCAGUAACAUACCAUAUGGAAGCAUCUAUUCUUACAAACACGAAUACAAAAUUAAUGAAGCAGAAACCUUACAAUGCAAUAACGGAUAUGAAACUGUAAAUAAGAAAGUCAGUGAAAAAGUGACAUGCACUGAAACAGGACAGUGGUCGAUUCCUCUUCUCUGCAAAGAAAUAACAUGCGUAAAACCCAGUAACAUACCAUAUGGAAGCAUCUAUUCUUACAAACACGAAUACAAAAUUAAUGAAGUAGAAACCUUACAAUGCAAUAACGGAUAUGAAACUGCAAAUAAGAAAGUCAGUGAAAAAGUGACAUGCACUGAAACAGGACAGUGGUCGAUUCCUCUUCUCUGCAAAGAAAUAACAUGUGUAAAACCCAGGAACAUACCAUAUGGAAGCAUCUAUUCUUACAAACACGAAUACAAAAUUAAUGAAGCAGAAACCUUACAAUGCAAUAAUGGAUAUGAAACUGCAAAUAAGAAAGUCAGUGAAAAAGUGACAUGCACUGAAACAGGACAGUGGUCGAUUCCUCUUCUCUGCAAAGAAAUAACAUGUGUAAAACCCAGUAAGAUACCAUAUGGAAGCAUCGAUUCUUACAAACACGAAUACAAAAUUAAUGAAGCAGAAACCUUACAAUGCAAUAACGGAUAUGAAACUGUAAAUAAGAAAGUCAGUGAAAAAGUGACAUGCACUGAAACAGGACAGUGGUCGAUUUCUCUUCUCUGCAAAGAAAUAACAUGCGUAAAACCCAGGAACAUACCAUAUGGAAGGAUCUAUUCUUACAAACACAAAUACAAAAUUAAUGAAGCAGAAACCUUACAAUGCAAUAACGGAUAUGAAACUGCAAAUAAGAAAGUCAGUGAAAAAGUGACAUGCACUGAAACAGGACAAUGGUCGAUUCCUCUUCUCUGCAAAGAAAUAACAUGUGUAAAACCCAGUAACAUACCAUAUGGAAGCAUGGAUUCUUGCAAACCCGAAUACAAAAUUAAUGAAGCAGAAACCUUACGUUGCAGUAACGGAUAUGAAACUGUAAAUAAGAAAGUCAGUGAAAAAGUGACAUGCACUGAAACAGGACAGUGGUCGAUUCCUCUUCUCUGCAAAGAACACAAAUGCCAACCACCUAUUAUAAGUAAUGGAUAUUUAUAUCCAGAAUAUGAAUAUUAUACAAAUGGAGCAUUGCUUUUUUAUGCCUGUGGACCUGAGCAUAAACCUAUAAUAGGAGGUACAUGGUGGAAAGUGAUAAAAUGUGUUGAUGGCAAGUGGUUGGGUGAGGCCAAAUGCAUUGAUAAAAGCUCUUGUCUCCCUCCACCAAAUAUUGAAAAUGCAAGUAAAAAAACUGAAGAAAAGGAUGUGUACAUUAACAAUGCAACUGUGGAAUAUCUUUGUCAUACCGCAUAUAAACCUGCAAAUGGAAACUUUGCAGUAUGUGUUAAUGGAACAUGGGAGUUACCAAGCUGCACUUUGCAUAAAAAGUCUUGUGGUACUCCACCAUACGUACAAUAUGCUGUGAUAACUAAUGAAGAAGAAAAAUACUAUGAAGAGGAUACAGUUACAUACGUAUGUACAAACAAUGGGUCCCAAACUCAUGGGUCCCAAACUAUUACCUGUCAAAAUGGAGGCUGGUCUCAACCACCAGAAUGCUUAAAAGGUGAAAAAACUGAGGAAUCCAAACCUGGAUCUUUCAACGAGCAACUUUCGCUGGAAUGAGAAGAGGAGGGGAAGACAUUUAAUUUAGAUUUAGAUUGUCUUCUGCAUUUAGUUUUUCUAUAGUUUUCUUUUACAGCUACAGCAUAGUAAAUACAGCCUGAAUUAUUUCUAUUUUGUGUAUAUGUCCAUCUACUAUUGUUGGCUGGCACAAUUAAAUUUCAUCUUAAAUUUA